CGGCCUCCAGUAUUCUGGGGGAGACUCGCGGGAAGCGUGGCUUGCUGGGCCCCCGAGCGCUCCGAGGGUCGCGAGCUAGUUUGGUGGGGGGCGCCGUGGCCAGAUCCUGCGCGGGGGCGCCAGACUGUUACCCUGACAGGGCCUCGCCGUGGGGUCCGAGGGGGCACAUUUUCUACGCUCAGGGACCGGCCUAUGGCCGCGACCCGGUGGGGAAGGUAUGAGGAGCCGGCAGGGCUCGGGGAGGCGCGGCCACGGGGCCGCGGCGCGAAGAAUCUGCGGGCCCGGAAGAGCAGACAGCCCCGCGGCGACCGGAAGCUCCACUCGGGAGGCGGAAGCGCCGCUCCGGGUGCGCUGGGUGGCGGCGGCGGCGGCGGCUGCGCCUGCUAGGAAAAGGACUUUGAAAAGCCAGGCGAUUCAUGUCGGUUACGGAAGAAAAAAAUGUCUCAAAAGCAGAUGAAGGAAGCUUUCAUCAGUAACCUCAAUGGAACUAGUGUGCUGGAAAUCACCCAGGGCUUGUGCCUACCUGCAUUCUGUAUCUUGUUCAGAGGGCUCCUGAUCAUUUUCUUACAGGACUUGUGUUUUAAUUCACAUACCUGGAGAACUCGAUUCUUCAUUGACUUUGUUGUCCUAGUAGUUCCCCUGGUGACUGCUUUGACCAUUUUGUCUUCAUUUAUCUUCCUUGAACUUCUCAUUGUAAUUAUCUGCGUGGCAGGGCUGUUCUAUCAAAUAUACCAAAGGAGGACUUGUUAUGCUAGAGUGCCUGUCCAGAAAAUCCUUGAAAAAUUUUUGCAAGUCAGUCUAGAAUCAGAAUACAAUCCAACCAUCUCCUGUUACCGUGUAUCUAACAGUGUAUUUGUCGCUAUUGCCAUUUUGGCUGUGGACUUCCCACUUUUCCCCAGAAGAUUUGCCAAAACUGAGCUCUAUGGGACAGGGGCAAUGGAUUUUGGAGUAGGCGGCUUGGUUUUUGGAACUGCGAUGGUUUGCCCAGAGAUCAGGAGAAAAUAUAUGGGGAAAUCUCGAUUUUAUUGUCUUCUAAAAUCGUUGUACUCUGCUUGGCCAUUAAUCAUCCUAGGACUGGGACGAUUAGUUACUAUAAAAUCCAUAGACUAUCAGGAACAUUUAAGUGAGUAUGGAGUACACUGGAACUUUUUCUUUACCUUAGUUGUCGUAAAACUGGUAACAACAGUGCUUUUGAUUGUUUUCCCCCUAAAUAAAUCCUGGAUUGUGGCCAUCAGCAUUACUGUGUUAUACCAGCUAACCCUUGACUUGACCCCACUGAAGAGGCUGAUUUUGUAUGGCACUGAUGGCAGUGGCACAAGGGUUGGUUUAUUAAAUGCUAACCGAGAAGGAAUAAUCUCUACUUUGGGGUAUGUGGCAAUUCACAUGGCUGGUGUGCAAACAGGAUUGUAUGUGUUUAGGAACAGAACACAUGUCAAAGACUGUAUAAAAGUAGCAUGUUGUCUUCUACUAAUAAGUAUUAGCCUCUUCAUAUCUCUUCACAUAGUUCAAGUAAAUGUAGAAGCAGUAUCUCGAAGAAUGGCCAAUUUAGCCUUUUGUAUGUGGAUAGUUGCUUCUAGCCUCAUCUUUCUUAGUUGUUUAUUACUGACUGAUAUAAUUUUGAGUUUUGCCAAAUUUCUGAUUAAAGGGGCUCUAGUACCAUGUUCUUGGAAACUUAUCCAGUCACCUGGUACAAAUAAAAAGCAUUCUGAAUUUCUAGUCCCCAAAGCUGAAAGAAAGCAAACCAGUCCAUGUUUAAUCACAGCUCUGAACAGAAACCAGCUAAUAUUUUUCUUGCUGUCAAACAUAACAACUGGCCUGAUCAACCUAAUGAUAGAUACAUUACACAGCAGUACCUCGUUUGCAUUAUUUUUGCUCCAUGUCUAUAUGUUUACCAACUGUUUAAUUAUAUAUGUACUUUAUUUGCAAGGUAAAACUGUGAAGUUUUGGUGAUCAAUAAGGGUAGCACAUAUUUAUCUUUGAGCAACAUAUUAAUGGGGAAGAAUAAAUGUGAAAAAAAUGGGCUUUCGGAAA